ACGAGCGUCAGCUGAGUGGAGUCAACGAGUUUAGGGUGAAAGUUCAUCCCCCACAUAGAUUGUUGCCUGUGAAAUUUCGAUCGACUAACUUUUAGAUCAAAAAGCUGCGCAGCAAACGUGCAAAGUUUUGGCGGUCCCAAACUCGCAGGAAGUUUGGAGGAGGUCUGCUCGUUAGGGCAUUCCUCGGGGGAUUGUGAAAGGGGUUUAUUAAGAUUAGUCUCUUUAUGCUUUUUCACGUGAAAGAGCCUUUAUAAGGCGACAUUUUCUUGUAGACGGUGGCGCGCUACACGACAGGAACAGGACUUGUCUUAUUGUGCAGAGUUUCAGUUUGUGCGUUUCAGCAUGGCAGCGUAUACGUUACCGGAGGGAUUCACGGACUUCGACAUGUUUACAUUCGGCUCAGCGCUGCUUGUCGGCGGCAUGCUCGGAUUCUUCCUCAACGCCAUCAGCAUCGUGUCUUUCCUCACAGUGAAGGAGAUGCGGACUCCCAGUAACUUCUUUGUGUUCAAUCUGGCUGUGGCUGACAUCAGUUUGAAUAUUAACGGACUCACAGCCGCGUAUGCAAGCUACAUCAGAUAUUGGCCAUUUGGUCAAGAUGGAUGUGCAUACCAUGGUUUUCAGGGGAUGAUAUCGGUCCUGGCAUCCAUUAGUUUCAUGGCAGCCAUUGCUUGGGACAGAUAUCACCAAUACUGUACCAGACAGAAGCUCUUUUGGAGCACAACUUUGACCAUGAGUGGCAUCAUCUGGAUUCUUUCUAUCUUCUGGGCUGCUGUUCCUCUCAUGGGAUGGGGUGUCUAUGACUUUGAGCCUAUGAGGACUUGCUGCACGCUGGACUACACCAGAGGGGACAGGGACUAUGUGACCUACAUGCUAACACUGGUGCUGCUCUACCUGAUGUUCCCAGCUGUCACAAUGUUGUCAUGUUAUGAUUCCAUCCAUAAACACUUCAAGAAGGUCCAUCAUCACAGGUUUAACACCAGUUUGCCCCUGAGGGUAAUGCUGAUGUGCUGGGGCCCUUAUGUCCUCAUGUGCAUUUAUGCCUGCUUCGAGAAUGUGAAGGUCGUGUCUCCAAAACUAAGGAUGGUGCUUCCAGUUGUGGCAAAAACUAAUCCCAUCUUCAAUGCUCUCCUCUACUCAUUUGGAAAUGAGUUCUACCGGGGUGGCGUGUGGCACUUCCUCACCGGACAGAAAAUUGUUGAUCCGGUUAUUAAGAAGUCAAAAUGAAAGGAAACCGGCAAGAAAACAAACAAACAAACAAACCACCAUUUGCUCUUACGAUAGGUUCCUCAUUCCUAAUUGGUAAAGUUUUAUGAAACCUGCUGAUCCAUUUAAGUUCCUAUACAAUUGUAAUAUUUUCACAUACAGUUGCUCAAAACUCAGGACAACCUCGUUGGAGCCACCACAGUAGCCUCAUGCUGGAUUUGUGUAAAUCUACAAGGUGGUGCUGCAGGUAAUUCACCCAGUUUAAAGUCACUGUAUUCUUUCAACAGCAAUUUGUACUUAACAUGCACUGCUCAUCCAUCUCUCAUACAAUAAACACGCUGUGUUGCUGCUCUCCUACUGCA